CCGUCCAAUCGGGGCGGCGCUCGGCUCUCGCCAAUGAACGUGUUACCGAUUGGGCCACUGUAUUUGGCGCUCGGUCCGGGAGGGUGAAUCCGGCAGCCGGAGGCAGGAGGGAAGAAGAGUCGGGGAGCGAAGCGGCUGUGGUGGCGGUGGCACGAGAUUGGAGCGAGGGGACGGGUGAGCUGGACGGCAGCGGCAGCAGCACCACAACCACCGUUAAUCAUGGGUCAAACAGGAAAAAAGUCUGAGAAAGGACCGAUUUGUUGGCGAAAACGUGUAAAAUCAGAAUAUAUGAGACUGAGGCAGCUCAAGAGAUUCCGACGUGCAGAUGAAGUAAAGAGCAUGUUUAAUUCUAAUCGUCAGAAGAUACUGGAAAGAACUGAAAUCUUAAAUCAAGAAUGGAAACAGCGUAGGAUACAGCCUGUACACAUCAUGACUUCUGUGAGCUCUUUGCGCGGGACCAGGGAGUGCUCUGUUACCAGUGACAUAGAUUUUCCAAAACAAGUAAUCCCACUAAAGACUCUCAAUGCUGUUGCUUCUGUGCCUAUAAUGUAUUCUUGGUCUCCCCUUCAACAAAAUUUUAUGGUAGAGGAUGAAACUGUUUUACAUAACAUUCCAUAUAUGGGAGAUGAAGUGCUUGACCAGGAUGGUACCUUUAUUGAAGAGCUGAUAAAGAACUAUGACGGGAAAGUGCAUGGAGAUAGAGAAUGUGGAUUUAUCAAUGAUGAAAUAUUUGUUGAGCUGGUCAAUGCACUUGGUCAAUAUAGUGAUGAUGAAGAUGAUGAUGGAGAUGACAAUCCUGAUGAAAGAGAUGACAAGCAAAAAGAUCGGGAAGGUAACAGGAUGGAGAAAGAAAGUCACCCACCUCGGAGGUUUCCAUCUGACAAGAUAUUUGAAGCCAUUUCCUCAAUGUUUCCAGAUAAGGGUACAGCAGAAGAAUUGAAAGAGAAAUACAAAGAACUCACUGAACAGCAGCUUCCAGGAGCUCUUCCUCCUGAAUGCACACCAAACAUAGAUGGACCAAAUGCUAAGUCUGUUCAGAGGGAGCAAAGCCUACAUUCUUUUCAUACACUCUUUUGUAGGCGUUGUUUUAAAUACGAUUGCUUCUUACAUCCAUUCCAUGCAACUCCAAAUACUUACAAAAGAAAGAAUACAGAAACAGCAUUAGAUAAUAAGCCCUGUGGACCGCACUGUUACCAGCAUCUGGAAGGUGCAAAGGAGUUUGCAGCUGCCCUGACUGCUGAGCGUAUAAAGACACCACCGAAGCGCCCAGGUGGUCGCCGAAGGGGAAGACUUCCAAAUAACACCAGCAGACCUAGCACACCAACAAUAAAUGUGCUGGAAUCAAAAGACACAGACAGUGACAGAGAAGCUGGAAUGGAAACUGGAGGAGAAAACAAUGAUAAAGAGGAAGAAGAAAAGAAAGAUGAAACUUCCAGUUCCUCUGAAGCAAAUUCUAGGUGUCAAACACCAAUAAAGAUGAAGCCAAAUAUUGAGCCUCCAGAGAAUGUGGAAUGGAGUGGUGCAGAAGCCUCGAUGUUUAGAGUUCUUAUUGGCACCUACUAUGAUAACUUCUGUGCAAUCGCCAGACUAAUUGGGACCAAAACAUGCAGACAGGUAUAUGAGUUUAGAGUAAAAGAAUCUAGUAUUAUUGCACCAGUCCCUGCUGAAGAUGUUGAUACUCCUCCCAGAAAGAAGAAAAGGAAACACAGGUUGUGGGCUGCUCAUUGCAGAAAGAUACAGCUGAAAAAGGAUGGUUCAUCAAAUCAUGUUUACAACUAUCAGCCAUGUGAUCAUCCACGCCAGCCCUGUGACAGCUCAUGUCCUUGUGUUAUUGCUCAAAACUUCUGUGAGAAGUUUUGUCAGUGCAGCUCAGAAUGCCAAAACAGGUUUCCUGGAUGCCGCUGCAAAGCACAAUGCAACACUAAGCAGUGUCCAUGUUACCUAGCUGUUCGUGAAUGUGAUCCUGAUCUCUGUUUAACUUGUGGAGCAGCUGACCACUGGGACAGCAAAAAUGUUUCUUGCAAGAACUGCAGCAUUCAGAGAGGAUCCAAGAAACAUUUACUAUUGGCACCUUCAGAUGUGGCAGGCUGGGGCAUUUUCAUCAAAGAUCCUGUACAGAAGAAUGAAUUCAUCUCUGAAUACUGUGGUGAGAUUAUUUCUCAGGAUGAGGCAGACAGAAGAGGAAAAGUAUAUGACAAGUACAUGUGCAGCUUUCUGUUUAACUUGAAUAAUGAUUUUGUGGUUGAUGCAACACGCAAGGGAAACAAGAUUAGAUUUGCAAACCAUUCAGUAAAUCCCAAUUGCUAUGCAAAAGUUAUGAUGGUUAAUGGUGAUCACAGAAUAGGAAUAUUUGCAAAAAGAGCCAUUCAGACUGGUGAAGAACUCUUCUUUGACUACAGAUAUAGCCAAGCUGAUGCCCUGAAGUAUGUGGGUAUAGAAAGAGAAAUGGAAAUCCCUUGACACCAGCUACCUCUUCUUAUAAACAUACAGCUGCCUUAUCUUCAGGAAAUUCUAGUACUGUGGGCAAUUAAAAGAAAAAAGCAAAAGCUAUUUGAAAUUCUUUGUUUGCAAAGUACUGUAAAAGUAAUUUAUAGUAACCAUUUUAAAGAAAAGAAAACUUUUUAUUGCCUUCUCACCAGCUGCAGUGUUUUGUACCUAUGACCUUUUGCAAUAAUGUGGUGUGGUGCAUUUUUCAAUCUUGAAUAAAUGAUACUUGAACUUCUUCAUUUUUUUUUAUGGGAAUGGAGUUGAAAUUCUGUUUUAGUCAGUUGACAAAGCAAACAAGACCUAAUUUCUAAAUAAAGGCAGUAUGUACUUGCCUA